AUGUUUUCUCCUCCUCCAUAUUCCUCUGUUCACCUUAACGAAGAUAACGAGAAUGAGGAGCCCCCUGAAUAUGAAUAUUCCUUCGAGAAACCGAGAAUCCCCGUCGAGUCUGACUCAUUCGAUAAGUCCUUCAGAGUCGAUCAUCCCAAGUUCAAUGACGGAAUAUUCACAAUCAUAUUUCUAACAGUGGUACUCCUUUUUAUCAUCAUAACGACUCUUUGUUUCAAAGAUUUGACCGUAAAUGCCCCGUUCUUAGAGAGCGUUUCACAGGCCUAUUUGACUCCUACUUCAGAUACGUCAGAUAAGAACAAACGUGAUCUUAUCCUUUUGGCUUUGACCACAGUUGGCACUCCCAUAAUCUGCUCAAUGGUUGCUCUACUUCUUGCCUACUUAUUCCCCAUGUUCUUUGUGUUUAUAGGCUACUUCAUCAUUCCCUUGACCUUUUUCUCUGUUGCUACCAUUUCUUUUGCCAAUGGUGCUGCUCUUAUUGGCCUUCUUUUCUUCUUUCUGGGUAUCCUUUCUCUUACUUUCAUCUAUCAAAACUAUAGCAAGUUGAGUUUCACUGCUCUUAUGUUGAAAAUAGUUAUUGAGGUCAUGAGAUUACAUCCUUCUAUUCCAUUUGUCUCUUUUCUAGGUUCCAUUAGUUCAGGAUUAAUUGGUCUCGUCUAUAUGUUCAUGACAGCCAUUAUUUAUGCCGAUAGAAUCAGAAUAGAUGACAGAACUUGUCCCACCGAUGACCCGGAAAACCAACCCUGCGUUUCCGCCACUUCGACUUGGAUUUACAUCUAUGUUCUCUUUACAGGCUAUUACAUUUUCGAAGUGUUAAAGAACUUGGUUCAUGUUACCGUUUCGGGAGUUUACGGCUCCUGGUACUUUUUUGAGAAAUCACCUCUAAAGCCGUUGCAUCCUGCUUGGGGUGCCUUUAAAAGAGCUGUUACUUACUGCUUUGGUAGCAUCUGCUUUGGCUCUUUGAUAGUGUCCGUUAUCAGGGCCAUGAGACAGAUCUUGGCCGUACUUCAACAGAAAUUGGCUGAAAGAAGGACCCAUAGAGGUUCUUCUUCUGAUGAUUUUGGUGCCAAUGCGUUUAUCUAUUGUAUUUUGGCCUGCAUAGUGUCAAUAUUUGACUUUAUAUUCGCUCAGGCAGAAUACUGGAUCAAGUGGUUCAACCAAUACGCUUAUUCUUACAUGGCUUUAUACGGUAAGAGCUAUCUAGCAUCUGCUAGAGAUACCUUUGAGAUCAUGAAGUACAAGGGAAUUUUCAUCCUUAUUACGGACUGUUUGAUCGGUGCUACACUUACUUUCUACUCAAUUUUGACCUGCGUAUUAAGUUCUGGCAUAUUCUAUGCUGCUAUUGUUGGUUUCCAGAAGAAUACUAAUGUGGCGCCUGAAUUCAUAGUGGGUGGAUUCAUUGUUCAACUUCUACUAGCUUAUUUCAUCACUUCAGUCACAUUAAACUCGAUCAACUCAGGAUUCAUAACUUUCUUGGUCGCACUUUGCAUUGAGCCUGAGAUCUUUGAGGCAAACUAUCAUGAUUACUUUGUGAAAAUGACAAACUAUUAUCCUGAGGUCAGUCAAUCAUUAAAGGUUCCCUUCCCUGAAGGGGUUUAA